AUGGAUGCGCAGUACAAUUCUGCCCCGCGGGAAAUCUGGCAAAUCUAUGAAGAUCUCAAAGAGAUCCAUGUGGUACAGUUUGAACAGGCCGAGCGGAUCGCACGACUCGAGCGCCGCCGCGACGAGGAUGCGAGACUGAAAAACGUUUGGGGACCAUCAUCGCCUUUUCCUAGCUCCUUGGGGGGUUCUUUUCUCACCGAACCUGCUUACAAUUCUCCGCCCGAGCCCUUUAAAGGUUUCGAUCAGGGGCAUCAUCCCGGGAUGCACAGCUCGGCUAUGGGCUUGGAUGGCGACGAGGAACCGCGAAGAGGUGCCUCGCGAGCGAAUAGUGUGCGCUUUGAUGAGAGUGCCAUUCAUGGGUAUGGACAGGCUAGUCGGUCGAACACUGAGCUGCCACUUCGCACUGGUAGUGGGAUGGGAAGCUUCCCCAUGACCGAGCGAUCUUUGUCUCAUCGAUCGGAUGGCCGACUUAGCUCUUCUGGGAACUCGCAUCAUUCGGCUCGAACCAAUAGUCUGGGUCUGGACACGAGUCGGUAUUUGGGCUCGUCGUACGGAUCGUCACCGAUUACACCUCCUCCCGGAUGGGCUAUCUUAGGGCCAGUGCCAUCUAUUAUUCGAUGCUGGCUGACCACUACAUUCUCAAAUGAGACACUACUGUAUGCGGUAGUGUGCUCGGGCUCCUACAUGUCUACAUUGGGCACAUCGAUCAUCCGCAAGCUUGGAUUAGAGGAAUCGGUGGUGCAUGAAGAUGGCAAGAGAUACGUGAAGGUCCCUGUCCACCUCACCGAAGCUAGUAUUCACCAAGCUUCCAGUCGCUCCGGAAGCCCCGAUCCCCAGGUACCCACGUUGACAGUCAAAUUUCUUGUGUGCGAUACAGAUACCGCAGACGGUUCAAUUGAAGUGAUCAUCGGAAGUGAUGUGCUUCGCAAUCACAGCGCCGAUAUUCUGCUUUCCAAGGACAAGAUUGUCAUGUUUGACGAUGAGAGAAAUCUUGUUUCCAUUCCCCUCGUUCGACCUGAAAAGGAGGCUGCCUUCAAAACUCUUCUAACAGCUCCACGUCAGAUCCAGAUCAAUCAUGAUUCUGUCGAAUCACAUGAAUCUGCGGUGAAUGGGAAGGAGACCGUUGGGGUCAUUGGCCAGCCUAAUGUUCCCUGCCAAUCAACCUCGGCGCCUACCUCAACUCACGUCUCUGUUAGCGAGGCAGAUGAGGAGAAGAAGCCCCGUCUGCAGGAAUCAACUCCAACGCAUACUGAACCGCAUCCCACCGCCGCGACCCAUGAUACGGCCGCUACCACCAAGUCCGAGGCGGCUGGUGUUUGGAAUUCUUGGCGUCGCCCAAAGCCUGAACCCAUUGCCACAGAUAAGACCGCAUCGGGCCGCCCUAUGAAAAUCCUUCGUCCUAUGAAGCUCUCUACCCGCGCAGCAUCCUACACACCCGCACCUGUUGUCCCUACAGAGCACGCUGAGAACACAGCGCCCCACUCUGCUUCCCGUACGUCCUUUGACGGUAGCACUACAUCCCUAACCGCUACCAAUCCUGUUGGCGGUGCCUCGGCGUUUGGAUGGCUGAACUCAUCCGGACGGUCCAAGUGA